CGAGCCACUCAGUGGGGAAAAAAAUAACGCUUUUUAUUUUGUGAAGAGAGAUGCAGCCUUGAAGAGAGAUUCUGGAUUAGGCUAGGAAUGAUGCACAGAUGCAAAAGGUGACUCAAUGGGGGCCUGAAUGGAAGACCUGGGAUCCUAUUAUACCAUCGUGUUAUUCUUCUACACCUUUUUGGUUAAAUAGUUUUGGGAAAAUAGAAAGGGGUCAGUGAAGGUGAAACAGACAGAAGGAAAUAUCAAAGACAAGAAAACAAGCACAGUGCUUUUUUCACCUGAGUGAUCAAAACUUUCAAGAAGCAAAGUUGUAGCUGUUUCUUGCUCUGUAGGGAUAACUCAAUCAAACCUGUGAGAUGCUAAAGCUUCACAAAAGGCACUAUUAUAUGCUACUUUGAACUGGACUGGCUUUAAAUGAGAGAUAAUGCUCUAGAUGAAGGACAACAAACAAAGCAACAUUUCAAAGUCAUGCCCCUCACCACUUUAAUCAAAUGAACGUAACCUGUGAUUAACAAACACUUGGAGGUUGAAAGACCAGCUGCUAGUAGAUAUGACCGACAACGUAAGCUCCAGAAUCGACACCCCAACUAACAUCUCUCUGAAUCCUGGCAAUGCUGUCUCUGAGUCGUUGGAGUACAAGACAGUGUCAGUGUUUCUGGUCCUGCUGGUGUGUGGUGUGGGUAUUGUGGGGAACAUCAUGGUGGUCCUUGUAGUCUUCACCACGCGCCACAUGAGGACACCCACAAACUGUUAUCUUGUCAGCCUGGCUUUUGCUGACUUGACAGUGCUAGUGGCGGCGGGGCUGCCCAAUGUGGCGGACAGUCUGACGGGCACAUGGGUUUUUGGCCAUGCUGGCUGCCUGGGGAUCACCUACCUUCAGUACCUGGGCAUCAACGUGUCAUCCUGCUCCAUCACUGCUUUCACCGUGGAGAGGUACAUAGCUAUCUGCCAUCCAAUGAAGGCUCACACAGUGUGCACAGUGUCCCGGGCCAAGCGCAUCAUUGCCGGGGUUUGGAUCUUCACCUGUGUCUACUGCAUGCUGUGGUUUUUCCUGGUGGACAUUCAGGUCAGCCAGGAUGGACAUGUGCAGUGUGGUUACAAAGUGAAAAGGGAGCUCUACCUGCCCAUCUACCUCAUCGACUUUGCCAUUUUCUACGUCAUCCCGCUGCUCCUUGCCAUUGUGUUGUAUGGCUUGAUAGCACGGAUCCUCUACCUCAGCCCUCUGCCCAACCAGCAUCCUGACACCAGUGCCACUACGCUGCGUCGGAGCUGCCGUGAAGCCUCUGAAGCGGGGAAGGGGGCUCGCCAGGGUCGUCAAAAGAGCGCCCUCUCCUCCAGGAAACAGGUGACAAAGAUGCUGGCAGUAGUGGUGAUCUUGUUUGCUCUAUUGUGGAUGCCCUACCGGACUUUAGUUUUGAUCAACUCUUUUGUGUCCAAACCCUAUCUGGAUGCCUGGUUCCUCCUGUUUUGUCGGACAUGCAUCUACGCCAACAGUGCUAUAAACCCUGUGAUAUACAAUGCCAUGUCUCAGAAGUUUCGCUCAGCAUUUCGCGGGCUUUACCGCUGCCAGCGUCCAGAGGGAAAUCAAAGGACGCUUUCAAUGAUCCAGACCGGCUUCGGCACUAUUCGAAACCCCAGAGUCUCCCAGGCCAACAGCAAUGGAACCAAUGAAAAGACAAGGAGGGACCUCCUGAAUACUGACUGUGUUAUGAAUUCAAAGCAGAACGGAAGCAGUCAUCAGGAGACAGCAACAGUCAAUGGCAAGAACGCAGACCAUCCUAUCGACAUCAACUCAGCUACUUUGAGUGAGGGUCCAGCUGAGACCACGCCAUCUGGUGAUGAGGAGUCGAUUUGGCCUUCAUUAAAUGAUACUACGGUUAAUUUAUCAGAUGGACCUACAAUAAACGACCAGCAGGAAAUGUAAAUGUAAAUUUGUAUAUAUCAAUAAAUCUGUAGGUACCACUGAAAUGAGAGAAAAGAAAACAACAAAAAUAUUCAAUUGAGCUAUUUCCGUUCAAUGACAAAACAGCUGUGGGUUACACAGGACCCAUUUUAGUAAGUAGGUAAGUCUGUUUUAUUUCUAAAGCACAUUUAAACACAGCGUCAGCAAACCAAAGCGCUGUACAAAAGAACAUUGAAAUAGACAAAACAAGCAAGGAAAACUUUCUAAUGGUAACAAUAUCAAACAGCAAUGUACAAACCAGAAUUAUAUACAUGAACACAGAUUGAAGGAUUCGUGGUCAGAUAUCUCAGACUGUCUUCAUGAAUGAUUCGUAUGAUUUAAUAGGAAAUGCAAUGUCCUGUAAUUCAUAGGAAUCCCAUAAAGUUUGUUUUGGUGAGUCCGGAGUUAUUCUGGAGUUCAGUCAGGCUUCUUGUCAUGUUGCUGGAAGUUAGACCCAGAAGUAGUGUUUUUAAGCCUAACCCUGUUUUGUUUUUAAUUUAAAAAACUGUUUACAGCAUGAACAACGUGUUUAACAGCGAUCAUGACAUAGGGUAAAAUGGUGCUUGUCACAUGUCACAUUUUGUAGAAAACCUUACGAACCCUUCAUAAGUAUGAAUUGGGUGUCUAAUUGCAAGUGGUUAGUUUCAGUCCUGAUAGUGGAACAUCUAAGAGAGAUUCACCAUCAGACAUAGGGGAGUGCCAGCAAGUAAGGUCUGUAAUAUUAGGUGAGGCUUGACCAUUAAGAGCCCUGAAAGCAAUCCACAUAGUCUAAAUUUAAUUAUUUACUUUUUUUGCACCAGUCAACACUCUAGCAGCUGUAUCUUGGACCAUCUAUAGAUGUGUCAAAGAAGACUGGGGAAGGCUUGAUUAUAAGAAAUUGACAAAGUCAAGUCUUAGUGUAAUGAAGACAUGGAUUACUUUUUCCAUAUUAUGCGAGUACAGAAACAGAACUUCCAUAUGGUGUUUGGCUGCAUAGCUCACUUGCAAGAUAGCUUCUGGACUCAGAGGGAUCAAAGUUUUAAUACUAAGUAGCUGAAGGAAAUUAUUUGCCAUCCAGUCUGUAAUGUCCUUGAGUUUCCUAGAGGGAGCUGGCAGAAUAGAACUGGACCCAGGAUGGAACCCUGAGGGACCCCAUAGGUAACUGUAGGAGAGGAGAAAAACUGAUCUGUAGGUACUGAGAAUGACCUUUGACUAAGAUAUGCCUUAAACCGUUGGUUUACCGUAAAUACCAACCCAUUGUUCGAGAUCUUUCAAAAAGAUGUCAUGAUCAACAGUGUCAAAGGUCGCACUAGAGAACUAGUAACACAAGGAUGACAUUUUCUGCCAAGUCAGCAUGAUCAUUUGUCACCUUUAACAGGUGUUCCAGUGUUGCAAGUCUUUGUAACUUGAUAGAAAUGGGUCCAGGAUCUCGAGGAAUGGCUGUAACUGCUACAGGAUAAAUCUUUCUAUUAUUUUUUUUCAAAUGACUGACAAUUUAGAAAUGGGGUCAAAGUUAUUUAAACAUUUAACAUUAUAAUUUUUGAGCAGAUGCUGAACAACUGCAUGUUUAAAACAUACAGAGACUGUGCCAGAGGCUAAUCAUGAAUUGAUAAUAACUUGAAUUCUUUAGUUCUGUAAUUUCUGUUUUAUUGUGCAGUUCUGCAUGCAUUAUGGCAUUUCAUUACAGGGAAGAAACUUUAAACAUUUUGGUUUUUGCUAUCUUACCCAGGAAAAGAAGAGAUGCUAGAUAUUCAUUUUAUCUCCAUAUGUGUGGUACAGGAGUCCAGCUAAUGUGUAGCCUAGCUUAGCUUAGCAGGAAUUCUUAGCUGAACAUGUCUCAUGCUAACCGUGGCAUGGGAGAGCAGCAAACAUAAUUUUUACAUCUACAUAUUGUACAUUUCUGUAUUUAUUAAAU